AUGAGCCAGGAGAGCAGAAGAACACGACACGCCAUGGGCCGCACAUCUUCUGAAGGACCACACGGGUUCGUGGACGACCUGGAGCCCAAGAGCAGCAUCCUCGACAAGGUCGGGGACUUUAUCACGGUCGCGAAGCGGCAUGGGGAGCGCGAGGAUGUGGAUGUUGACCACGACCAUCAUCACCAUCAGGAAAACGAAAACGACAACGACAACGAUAACGACAACGACAACGACGAGCUCGCGCUGGACGACCUGGACCGCGCGUUCGAGCUGGUCGAGGGCAUGGACAUGGACUGGAUGAUGCCCUCGCACGCGCACCACGCGCCGGCCACCACCACCACCAUCAAGCCACGGCUGCUAUACUCGCCGCUGAUUCAUACGCAGACUGCAGUACCCGUGACCAUUUCGCCCAAUCUAAUGGCCACCACUUUCACUUCCGCCAACAAGAUCACCAAGAAUAAGAACAACAGUAGCCCGUAUCUGAACAAGCGUAGAGGCAAGCCCGGACCGGACUCGGCCGCUUCGCUGUUUGAACUGCCGGACAGCGUAAUUCCGACGCCGAAACCGAAACCGAAACCAAAGCAGUAUCCUAAGGUGAUUCUGCCGUCGAAUAGCACACGACACUCGUCGUGUGCGACGGCCUCGUCGUCGACGACGACCAGCAACAACGACGGCGUGGUCGUCGCUAGCGAGUCACCAGUGAUCGCA